AUGUCGUUCUUUGGCAAACUUGUAGCACCUGAUCAUGAGACGAAGCGAACCAAGCCACUGCAACUCCCUCCAAUCAACCUGGAACAAGUCCUCAAGAAAUUCGAAAGGAUAUUGGAGGGUAGAGUACUAUAUCCGGAGAUCUCGGAGACGCGCGUGAAGGCAAUGCUAGCCUUCCUUCCUUCAGUGUGGAAGUGCGAAGGCAAGGCACAAGGUCUUGAGAUGGGCAGAGGGAGUUUUCACUUCUGA